AUGGCUCUGGCCACAGCAGCAAUAGCUGGCACCGCGGCAGCAGCAGCAUACCUCGAUGCCAAAUUCCACCUCUGCCACGAUGUAUCCAUGGGAGCCCUCUCAAACAGCACAGUCAUCGCCCAGCAAUACGUUAUCGACAAGGAGAAGCAGGGUAAACUGCUACUCUACUACUUCCUGGAAGACCACGCCAGAAACCAACCCAACCAUCUAUUCCUGGAGUACGAAGGUCGAUCAUGGACGUAUGGACAGUUCUUCCAGGACCUGCAGAAGGUUGGAAACUGGUUGAUGGACGAGCUCGAAAUCCAACCGGGCGAGAUGAUUGCUUUGGACGGGCCGAAUAGCGCUGAGUACCUUCUGCUGUGGUUUGCGCUGGAAGGGAUUGGCGCUGGGGUGUCGUAUGUGAAUUCGAAUCUGACGGGGCAGCCUUUGAUUCAUUCUGCGAAGCUCUGCGGUACUCGCAUCCUGCUCGCCGAGCGAGGAAUCGAGAACUUGGUAGGGCCGCAUGUGGCGGAGUUGGAACAAGAUGGAAUCAAGACAGUCUACUACGACCAAGCGCUAUUGGAGUCGCUUCAUGACACCACGCCAAUACCCAACUCACGAAGGGCCGGUGUGACACCACAGGAUGUGCGGACGUUGAUCUAUACUUCUGGCACAACCGGUCUCCCCAAAGGCGUCAUGGUUAUGACGGGCCGCUGGAUCAACACGGCUAGAGGUAUGGGCGAAUACCUCAGACUGUCCCCCAAAGACAAAUUCUACACAUGCCUCCCGCUCUACCAUGGCGCCGCUCAAGGCUUAUGCACGCUACCUGUCAUAUACGCCGGCGCAUCAAUGACUCUUGGUCGAAAGUUCUCCCACAAGACAUUCUGGCCUGAAGUUCACAAAAGCGGUGCGAACCGCUUACAGUACGUUGGCGAGCUGUGUCGAUACCUUGUCAACGCCCCGGUACAUCCGCUGGAACGGAGCCAUCGACUGGAGGAGGCGUGGGGGAAUGGUAUGAGGCCUGACGUGUGGGAGGUCUUCCGCCAGCGUUUCAACAUCCCGGUCAUCCACGAGCUGUACGCCGCGACUGAUGGUAUGGGCUCCACCUUUACUUGGAACCGGGGAGAGUUCUCGAGGAAUACCAUCGGUGUACGUGGACUGCUUUGGCAUUUGCAGAACGGGAAGGUCGAGGUCAGAGGUAAAAUAGAUCCUGACACGGAGGACAUUGUGAGAGGAGCGGACGGAUGGGUGGUAAGAGCUGGGGUGGAUGAGCCUGGGGAGGUUCUGCAUAGGAUUCCAGAGGAGAUGAAGAGUUCAGCCUUCCGAGGCUACUUCGACAACGAACAGGCUUCAGAGAAGCGCUGGAUGCGUGGUGCUUUCGAACCCAACGAUCUCUGGUUUCGCAGCGGCGAUGUGAUGCGAGAAGACGCGGAUGGCAGGGUUUUCUUCGUUGACCGGCUGGGAGAUACGUUCAGAUGGAAAUCCGAAAACGUGUCAACCAACGAAGUCUCGGACGUUAUGGGAGGCUUCGCCCAGAUAGCAGAGUGCAACGUCUAUGGCGUCCAGAUACCACACGCAGACGGCCGCUGUGGCUGCGCGAUGAUCGUCCCUCAACCUCCAACCACACCCGAGACCCUUGACUUCGCAGCACUGGCUCAACAUGUAACGACGAAGCUGCCCAGAUACGCCGUUCCCAUCUUCAUCCGGAUCGCGCCUCAACUGUCGUACACCGGGACGUUCAAGAUCCAGAAGGGACAGGCGAAGAGGGAAGGCGUCGAUCCAGAUCUGAUUGAGCAGACUGGGAGUAAAGACCGGGUUUACUGGCUGCCUCCUGGGGGGUCGGCGUAUGUUCCUUUUGGGCGGGAGGAGUGGGCUCAAUUGAAGGAGGGGAAGAUAAAGCUCUAG